AUGGUCAUACCUGAUCCAGCCGUCCUCUAUGAUAUCGCGGGUGGUGUCGCCGCAUGCUGUGAUCAGCGACAGUCGAUUUGGAGGGCUCGAUUCAUCGUCUUCGUCAGCGACGAGGACCUCAAUUCAAAGGCUCACGAACCAAUUCUAUGUCAACUGGAGAUGGUUCCUGUCGACGCCACCGGUUUCGCCAAUACCAACCACAGCGCGAACUAUAGCCCCUCAAUUUUCCAAAAAAAUGUGGGCGUCUGUGACUCCGAGGCCAGUCUUCUGGGUUCCGCAUGGAGGUGA